AUGGAUAUUGGAAGAAAGGGACUAAGCGACGAGGACUUCAGCAAUGCUUGGAUGGCUAUAGAGAAUGAGCUUCAGAAGCUUGCCUCUGGAGGCCUAUGCAGUGCAUUAGAAAUCUACAACAGCAUAUAUGUCAUCUGCACAUCGUCUACGCCAAGGCUCGAAAGUAGGCUGUACUGGAAGAUAGGAGACUUUGUCUACAUGAAAGCCAGGGAGAUAAGGAAGGAGGUGUUUGGGGCCGAAGAUUGGAUUUGGGAGUACAACAAGGGGUUCCGGAAGUUCAAGGCGAUGGUACUUGCGAUUGAUGAGCUGUGUGACUUCCUGAAUGAAUGUGUGAAAGGAAGGACUAUGAGGGACCUUGGGUUUCUCCUGUGGGAGAGGUGUGUGCUCCAGCAAACGAUGAAGUACAAGCACACAACGCUUGGGUUUGAGCUGGUGAAUCAAGGGAGGAUUGAGGUUGUGAAGGAUGCAAUAGAGUCUUUCCGGCUGAUUGUCCCUGACCUGAAGAAGCCGAUGCUUUACUAUACACAACGAUACGAGCAGUUUGCGCUUCAGAAGAUUGGAAGCAAGUACAUGGAUGAAAUAAAGUCUGUGUGUGGAGAGGUUGAAAGGUAUUCGUUCUAUGUGAAGGAGAAGAUUUGGUAUGAGAAGAGUAUUCAAGAAAAGAUAUUCCUUGAGGAGUCGUGGGGAAAGGUUGAGUCUGUACUUGAAGAGGUGUUUAUACUAAGCAAAAAGGACUAUCUUUUUGGGGAGAUCUAUAAGAUAAUGUCGAUGCACAGGCUUCCCGUCGAGAUUCUUGGAAAGGUCUGCAAGGGGGCUGAGUGCGAGAAGCAGGGUUUUGACUCUGGAGGACACCGAACAAACGAUUUCUACGAGCUACAGGGGGAAGAGGGUGUUCAGAAGUUCAGUGGGGAUGUUUUCCUGGAAAGGAUGUCUGUUCUUUACAGGAACUUGUCAGGAUUAAAAUCUGCAUAUGAGAUUUUCCGGGAAGUGUUUACUCGAUAUGUAAGAGAGGUGAGUGAAAGGCAUAUGGAUGUGUACAGCAGAAGUAUUGAGACUCUGUAUAUUUUUCACUGCAUGCUUAGGCAUGUUGUGGAUGUUGGGUUUCUUGGGGAUCAGGAAUACUUCAAGAUACUAAAGAGGGAGUUUUCCUGCAGCUGCAUGAGACUGAAGCCGUCUCUGGAGGCAAGGUUGCUGGAGUUCUCUGAAUGUAUUGUCGGGGACAGCAGUGGGGUGUUCAGGUUUCUUAGUGGGGAGUUUGAAAGAAGCACGAGCAAAAGAAGCCUGGGGCUUCCAUUUCUUGGGACGGGGGGUGUGGGUGAGGAUGGAUCUGCACUUGGAAGAAGAUUUGAGGGAAAGAACGGGUUUCUGAGGCAGGUGUUUGGAACACUAUACAAGAUGGUAGAGAACAAGCAUGUAUUCUACGAGCUAUAUCUUUCUGGGCUUGGAAAGAGGUUGCUGGAGAGAAGCCCCAAUCUGGAUGAGGAGAGAAAGCUGAUUUCUUUGAUGAAGAGAAAGGGCAACCAGGACUUCACAAAAAAGGCUGAGGCCAUGGUUGGAGACAUAAGCAUUUCGCUAAGCUAUAACAAGGACCCUGACAGGUUUGUAUGGAUUCUGACACAAGCAUAUUGGCCAUUGCAAGUGGAGAACCUAAGCAUCGAGAUUCCGGCACCUCUCGAGAUGAUAAGAAAAGUGUAUGAUUCGAAGUUCAACAAGAAGAAGUUGCAUUGGACAUGGCAUUUGGGGAGUGUGUGUGUGGAGAUUGAUGGGGUUGAGAUCGAAAUGAAUGUUCUCCAAUACUCUGUCCUUGAUCUAUUCAACAGAUACGAGCAGAUUGAUGCUGAGAUGGUCCUGAGUUCUGUGAAGAUGGGGACGAAAGUCACAAACGAUGUUCUCAGAUCCUUGAUUGAGGGCAAUCUUGUAGUUUGCAAUGAGGGCCUGUACAGAAUAGGAGAUGUAUCCUGUGCGGAGAAAGAUAUAAGAGGCCUGUACUGUAGCGAAAGCAUUUGCACAGCACAUGAAAUAGAUAGGAAUGCAUACUACCAGUCUCUUGUAUCAAGCAUGCUGAAGAAAAGAAAGAAGAUGGAUCUAGAGGAGAUAGCAAAAGAGAUUUUAUCUAAACACACCGAGAGGUUUGAGUACGACGAGGCAGUCUUCCUGGAGGGUGUGAGGACUCUUGGAGACAAGGGAAUCAUAGAGGAGAUAGAAGGGGCCUAUGUCUACCUACCCUGA